CAAUAAAUCGACAAGUUUGGGACAAGAGAAAGCGCGGAGCAUUGAGAUUAAAUUAAUGCGCUAAUCGCGCAGUUCAUUUCUGCGCGCUCCCCCUGCAAUAAAACUUAAAAACCAUUUCCCACUUCUCUCCAUUGAAGUACUAAUAGUGAUCUUGAGAGUGAGAGAGAUAGAGAGGAUCGGAGGAGGGGAAAAUGGGGGCGGAUGAAGAAGGGGAGUAUCUGUUCAAGAUAGUAGUGAUCGGAGACUCGGCGGUGGGGAAAUCUAACCUGCUUUCGAGGUUCGCCAGAGACGAGUUCGACAGCAACUCCAAAACCACCAUCGGAGUGGAGUUCCAGACGCAGGCGGUGGAGGUCGACGGCAAGGAGGUGAAGGUCCAGGUGUGGGACACCGCCGGUCAAGAGCGCUUCCGCUCCGUCACCUCCGCUUAUUACAGAGGCGCCGUCGGCGCUCUCAUCGUCUAUGACGUUACCCGUACGCCUACUUUUGACAACGCCAAACGCUGGAUUGAAGAGCUCAAUACUCAUUGUGAUACAGCAAUAGCGAGGAUUCUGGUAGGAAACAAGUGUGAUUUGGAGGAGAUAAGAGGAGUGAGUGUGGAACAAGGCAAGUGCCUUGCAGAGCAAGAAGGAUUGUUCUUUAUAGAGACAUCUGCGUUGGACUCUACUAACGUUGUUGCCGCAUUUGACAUUGUUACGAGGGAGAUAUACAAGAAUGUUUGCAAGAGAGUUGCCUGUUCCCACCAUUACAAACCUGAUUUGUCUGCCAAUCGGGUUAACCUUGCCGCCCUCGCCCUUGCAAAUGGAGCUCAACGCAAGACCAAAUACUCAUGUUGCUCCACGUAGUUUUUCUUUUUCAUUUCUGUAGUCAUUAUUCGAGGGUGUGCACUGAGUAAACCUCAGAUUGUUUGUCUGUUUGAAUAGAUGAAGAGAUGGAUGGAGAAAGAGUGAUGAGUCAAAACAAUUACUGGGUAAAAGAAUAAAUAGUUUAUACCAUUUUUCUCGCCUAA